AAGCCUGGCAAGUUCCCAGCCACCUUGAGAAACUGGUUCAGCCAGUGUCUGCGCCGCUGCCCUCCCAGUGCACAAGUCCGGCUGUGGGAAGUGGUGUGGAGGCUGGGCUGGCCUCAGUGGUCUUGGGGACCUCCCUCCCGGGACCUCCACUGGGCUAGGCUGCUUCAGAGAGCCAGGACUGGCACUCUGGCCCCCUUGGCAUCUGGCCAUGGCCCUUCGCAUCUCCAUAGGACCUAAGACGGAGACUCCUGCGGGAGCCCUGGGCCGCUUUUCAGUGGGGCUCCUGCUGUCAGCCUCAGUCCUGGCCCUCUGGCUGCCCCAAGGUGCCCGGGCAGCUCUCCACAUACGGAAGAUUCCAGAGCAGCCUCGAAAGAACCAGAACCUCCUCCUGUCCGUCCAGGGUGUCCCCAGCACCUUUCAGGACUUUAUCUGGUACCUGGGGGAGGAGGCCGAUGGAGGCACGAGGCUGUUCACCUACAUCCCCGAGCUCCAGCGGCCCCAGAGGGACGGCAGCGCUAUGGGUCAGCGAGACAUCGUUGGCUUCCCCAAUGGCUCCAUGCUGCUGAGGCAUGCCCAGCCUUCGGACAGCGGCACCUUCCAAGUCGCCAUCACCGUCAACCCCUCCUGGACCAUGAGGGCCAAGACCCAGGUCCGGGUGGCCGAGAAGCAGGAGGACCUGGCCUCCACCGCCGCACACCUGCCCAUGAACCCUGGCAUCAUGGCGGCCGCCAUCGCGGGGCCUCUGGCCGCCGGGGCCUUGCUCAUCAGCGGCCUUGUCUGCCUCUUGGUUUUGAGAGGCUACAGGGACCAGAGCCCCAGAGUGACGACCACAGGGAAGCCAGAGCUGAGCCCCCAUCCUGACACUGGUGACAACAUCUAUGAAGCGAUGCCCUCUCCCGUCCCCCUGGGGUCCCCCCUCAGGGAUGUGGGGCCCAUGAACUCAGCCACGCCCCCCGCCGUGCCCCCGCGGCCGCAGCCAGAGCCGGAGAGUCACCACUACCAGGACCUGCUGCACCCCGACCCUGCCCCUUACUGCCAGCUGGUGCCCACGUCCUCCUGAGGGCUCAGGGAGCCGGGCCGUCCUGGGUUGGAGGCGCACACUGCAGAAAAGACCCCGCAGGACAAGGCCGUCAGGAUCCGGUGAGGUAGACUCAGCCACAUGCCAGCACCGCAAGGGCCAGGGUGCCGAGGGGACAGGGCAGUGACGGGCCCAGCUCCUCACUCGGCCUUGCAGAAGCCACAGCCCGAUCCGGAUACCUGGGGACCUCGGGUGGCCCCCACCACGGAAUCUGCUGCCAACUUCUAGGUGUCGCCACCCCGCCCACCCCGACCUCUCAGGGCGGCAGCCUGCUCCCCUCCCAAGUGUGGGCUCAGCCUAUCACCCUUUGAUUCGUUCAUUCACCCAGCAGCAAACGAGCCCUCCCUGUGUGCAGGCACCCUCGGGCCCUCGAAGCUCUGGCAGGAAACACAACAGAUUCCUCCCCUCCUGGAGGAACCCUGGCGCAGGGGACAGAAUCCAGAAAUGAAAUAACUACCUGACAAUCACACCAGGGAAAAUAGAGAAGGAGGACCUGGACAUGGGAAGUAGAGAGAGCAGAGACGGCCUCACCGACAAGGUGACAAAUAAGCAGAAAUCUGAAGGAGGGAAAGAGGGUCCCAGGGGAUUCCAGAGGGAGAGCAUCCCAGCCAGAGGAAAUGGCAGGCUCGUAGCCCCUGAGGCAGGGCUGAGCCUAGCACGUUCAGAGGGCAGCAAGGAGGGCAGUGUGGUGGAGGCAGAGAGGCGAAAGGGAAAAGGAUGGGAAAUGAAGUCACAGAGAUGGGAGGGGGCAGACUGUGCAGGGCCCUGUCGGCUGUAAACCUGUAAUCCCAGCACCUGGGAGGAGGCUGAGGCAGGAGGAUCGAAAUUGGCAAUUUGGAGAAACCUUGUCU